AUGUCGUACAAAACCAGAACCAACGGCCAAUUGUACACCAAGGACUUCAAGCUGUACAUUGAGAACGAGGCUGGCGAUCCCAUUUCCGCCUUCCAUGACAUUCCCGUGUACCCCGACAGCGGCAAGAUUCGAUUUGAGCAACCCAAGAGCGAUCUGGUGAACAUGGUGGUGGAGGUUCCGCGAUGGAGCAACGCCAAGAUGGAGAUCUCAAAGUCUGCCGAGCUCAAUCCCAUCACCCAGGACGUGAAGAAGGACCGGGUUCGGUUUGUGCGAAACUUCUACCCCCAUCACGGCUACUGUCACAACUACGGAGCUAUCCCCCAGACGUGGGAGAACCCUCAUGUCAAGGACAGCCUGACCCAAAUUGAGGGAGACAAUGACCCCAUUGACGUUGUGGACAUUGGCCAGGCUCUCGGAAAAAUGGGCCAGGUCAAGACCGUCAAGGUGGUCGGCGCCCUAGGUCUUAUUGAUGAGGGCGAGACCGACUGGAAGAUUAUCGCCAUUGACGUUCGAGACCCGCGAGCCGCCAAGAUCAACGACAUUUCCGACGUGUCCAAGUCGGUUCUCAAUGACAUCUACGACUGGUUCAAGUACUACAAGGUGCCUGACGGAAAGCCUGCUAACAACUUUGCCUUCGAUGGCAAGUUCCUCAACAAAGCUGAGGCUCUCGACGUGGUGUACGAGGGUCACGUACAUUGGCUGGAGCUACUCAAGGGAAACGUUCCUGCCGGCGAGAUUGAUCUGACCAAUGUGACUCUGACCGACACCAAGGGAUUCAAGAGCAGACACGAUGUGGCAAUCAAGGCCAAUGAGGUGGUUGAGCCUGCCAAGGUCAGCUCCAGCGUCAACGACUGGCUAGUUGUUGAGCGGGAAUAA